AUGAGUUCCAAAGAAGAGGCGAAGUCUUCCUCGGCUACCUUGCACUCCUCACUAGACGAGCGGAGAAGAAGCCCGCUGGACCAGCUGCCGCCCCCGGCCAACGCCAACAAGCCCCUGACUCCAUUCAGCAUCGAGGAUAUACUCAACAAACCGUCGGUGCGGAGAGGCUUCGCUCUGUGCGGAACUAACCACCUCCUGUCAGCGGCCGACAAGCACACGCCUUCGGCCCUUGCCCUGGCCGGCCGACCCGGGGUCCUGUCCCAGACCUCGCCUUUGUGCGCCUUGGAGGAACUCGCCAGCAAAACUUUUAAAGGGUUGGAGGUCAGCGUUCUACAAGCGGCGGAGGGGAGAGACGGGCUCACAAUCUUCGGGCAGAGGCCGACUCCCAAGAAACGCAGAAAGUCGCGGACUGCCUUCACCAACCAUCAGAUCUACGAGCUGGAGAAGCGGUUUCUGUACCAGAAGUACUUGUCGCCGGCUGACCGCGAUCAGAUCGCCCAGCAGCUGGGCCUAACCAAUGCCCAGGUCAUCACCUGGUUUCAGAACCGCCGGGCCAAGCUCAAGCGGGACCUGGAGGAAAUGAAGGCGGACGUGGAAUCGGCGAAGAGACUGGGACCAAGGCAGCUGGAAAAAAUUGUGGAACUGACGGAACUGGAGCAGAGUGCGGCGGAGAUCGGCAGUAAGACCAGAUCUCAGAGUCACAGUCCGGUCAAAAGUACCUCCGCAGAUGCCCAUGCACUGCCGUCGCCACUGGCAAUGGGUCACCCGACCCGCAAAGACUACUCAGAGGAGGGCGAAGAGGAGGAGGAGGAGAUUGAAGUCGAUGACUGA